GUAUUAAGAGCUGCUGCAGUCUGAUCAAGAUCAAGAGAAGCAAUGGUCAAGCAAGGAGUGGGAGUGAAUUAUGGAAUCGGGCUCUCCAACCGUCCAAUCGCAUACAACAAGGUUGUGGAAAUCUUGCGAAGCACAGGAGCCAAUUCUGUAAAGCUUUUCCAACAUGAUCCUGCAUUCUUGAAUGCUAUGGCAGGACAAGACAUAAGUGUUGUUCAGGGAACCUCUGUUGAAGACAUUAACAGGUUUGCCAGUGAUUUUCAAGCUGCCAAGAACUUUGUCGCAAAUGGCAUAGUGCCUUUUCUAAAUUCCACCAAAAUUACAUCCAUUGCGGUGGGCAACGAGGCCAAUGAGGGAAUGUAUGGGGGGAGGUUUAUCUCCACAUUGGUUCCUGCGAUGAGGAAUGUGCACAGAGCAUUAGUAGACUUUGGUCUGGAGAGGAGGAUCAAGGUUACAACGCCAUUAAGCUUUGCCAUUGUCACAGACACCUACCCUCCCAGUGCAGGUAGGUUCGCAGAUGCUUGGAGAGCGACAAUGCGCGACAUGCUGCGGUUUCUGACUGAUACGGGUUCUUGUCUGACGGUCAAUAUCUAUCCAUUUUUCACCCGUCAAGGUAACCCCAGGGAUGUCACCCUUGAUUAUGCGUUGGGAUCUCGGAAUGAGGUGGCUGUAAGGGAUGGACCCUUCAACUACACCAACUUGAUGGACGCGAUGGUUGACUCUGUCAUCGCCGCAAUGACGAAGGAGGGGUUUCCAGAUCUUUUUCUUGAGAUUGGGGAGACGGGCUGGCCAACAGCUGACGAUCCGACCGGAAACGCAACAAUCAGCAAUGCACAAACGUACAACAACGCACUAGUCAGCCGCGUUCUCCGUGGACAGGGGACACCCCGUAGACCAGGAUGGAUGCAGAUGUACAUAUUCGCGCUGCUGGAUGAAGAUCGCAAACCAGCUGGGGUUGAGCGCCAUUGGGGUAUAUACAGGAUGGAAGGGGAGCCCAAGUACACGGUCAAGUUUUGAUGAUACUAAGCUUACUCUCUCUGUGUGGGUGUGGGUGUGUGUGUGUCUAUGUGGGUGUGGGUGUGGGUGAGUCUGUGUGGGUGUGGGUGUGCGUGUGGGUGAGUCUGUGUGGGUGUGGGUGUGGGUGCGGGUGUGGGUGUGGGUGUGGGUGUGGGUGUGAGAGAGAGAGAGAGAGGGAUUACUCUGUGUGUGUGUGUGUGUGUGUGUGUGUGUGUGUGUGUGUGUGUGUGUGUGUGUGUGUGUGAGCGCUCGCGCGCGCGCGCGCGCGCGCGCGCGCGAGAGAGAGAGAGAGAGAGAGAGAGAGAGAGAGAGAGAGAGAGAGAGAGAGAGAGAGCAUAGGCAGGAAGCCAGAAAAAAGGGGACAAACAACAGGGAGGGCGUGGCAGAUUGUUUGGUUGCAUUUUCACUGAGUUCAGAGGAGGCUGAACCGUCAACUGUGAAAAGAUCCCCCGGGGCCCAAUCGAUGCUCAGAGCCAUAAUCUUCCCUGAGAGCUUGACCCAAAAUGUAAAAUUGUAAACGAACCCUCUCCCACCAGGCUGGUGUUGAUGAAGCACCAUCUCCAUCAACCACACUCCCAACAUUCUCUCUCUUCUCCCUUUCUCUAGUAAGUCUCUCAUAUUACAUCAAGUCAAGGCCUUUUCUUUGGAGUCGAACUAUGCUUAGCUGGUCUUUUCGGAUGAUCAGCCACACUGGGACUGAGACACGGCCCAGACUCCUAAGGGAGGCAGCAGUGGGGAAUCUUGGACAAUGGGCGAAAGCCUGAUCCAGCAAUAUCGCGUGAGUGAAGAAGGGGAUUUAUCUUGUAAAGCUCUUUGAAGUCACAAACGUAACAGCUGUCAAUCUUUCGCGAUAACUCUCUUGCCUACUUGUUUUAUAGGACAUGCGUCACGAUGAUGUAUGCGUCUCUGUUUUUUUGAACAAGCUGCGAGGAAUCCGGCGAGGAUUAUGUGUCUCUGUUCUCUGGAGUAAGUGAUUUGUGACAAGUUCACUUGUGCAACUUUUGCUCCCUGACUAAGGGUACUAGUGCAGCUUGCUGCUUGGCUGUGCUUCAAGUUGGCGCCAGGAGAACAUCCGCCAGCCCAAAAUC